AUGUCUUCCGAUAUAUAUACCCCCCUUCCACCGUCCCACCCCCCGAGAGACCUCUCACAGGCCCUGGGUCCCACUCCCUUGCCACCUCGCUGGGCCCGGUCUCCCUCCCCCCGCCCGCACAAGGCCACCAUGCCCCCGGGGCUCCCCCGAUCACUUUGCGCCAACUGGUCAACGGUCCUGCGCCCUGACGUGCGCCAACACAGGCUAGCCGACUGGUCAACCACCCCUGUCGUUUGUAUGACCUUCCCGUCUGCGGCCCCCGCUCGCCACCGCCGCCGUCCAACCCACCAAGGCCACCCAGCCAACUGGCCCGCCCUCCCCCCUCUGCCGGCGCUCCCCCCGAAGGGGAGCCCCUGUGGCACCACCGUGCAACCCGCGGGCUGCCUGGCGUGGGCUGUCCCCCCGGGGCGAGGUUCUCGACCACCUCACGCGGGCAGGCGGAGUGCACAAUGGGCCCGAGACACCGCCAUGCCGCCGCAGAGCCCCUGCCGAAACUCUGCGUGCAUGCCAGCCUGCCGCGGCUCCCAUUGCGCCCCUGCCCCCCGUGCGAGACCGUCGAGCCCCCUGCCCGGUCCGUCUAGCCCAGUCUUGCCUCUCUACAUACCCUCCGACCCAUUUUGA